GUCCAGUUCUGGGCGCCACAAUUUAAGAAGGAUGUUGACAAGCUGGAAGGUGUGCAGAGGAGGACGAGGACCAAGAUAACCAAGGGUCUGCAGACCGAGUCUUGCAAGGAGUGGUUGAGGAAGCUGGGGAUGCUCAGCCUGGAGGAGAAAAGACUGAAGGUCUGUCGCGAGACAGGAGAUUCCAAGUCAGCAUUAGGAAGAACUUCAUGAGGGCAAGAGCUGGUUGACAGUGGAACAGACUCCCUCAAAAGUGGGUUGCCUCUCUUCAGUGGACGUUUUUAAACAGAUGCCAGAGACUCAUCCGUGAGAAGUUCUUUUGCUCUGAUUCCCGCAUUGCUAGACUAGAUGACUCUUGGAGUUCCUUCCAAUCUUACAUUUCUCUGAUUCUAGAAGUGCUGAUGAACUACAGCUCCCAUCAUCCCUGGGCCAUUGGGGCUGAUGCGAGUCGUAAUUCAGCAGCCUCCAGAGGAGCAAAGGUUAAAGAGGGGAAAGUGCCGCCCAGACCUUGUGGCUGAAUGAGGCAGAGUACAAAAACAGGAGACGCUGGGAGGGAGAGGGAAUAUCUAAUAUACAGGAUAAUCGGUACUUUUCUUCUGGGGGGGAAAUGGUGCUGGUACUCACAGUUAGUGCCAGAUUUUUAACCAGUACUUUUCUUAUAGGAAAAAAGGUGCCUGUGCUAUAUGCCUUUGUUUACCCCCAGGAAAAAAAGCACUGAGGAUAAUCUUCCCCCUUUGGGCCUCUGGAAGCAGAAGGGUUAACCCACUUGCAGGAGCAACACCCAUCACCCCUGCUUUCCUGCCCGCCCGCCCCCCAGCAACCCUCAGACAAAUAAAUUAUUUGCUUAAGUAACCAAGCACCAGUUAGCUCCAGAACAAGCUGGCCAGACUCUCAGCAAGUUCUAGUGAGGUGUUUGCCUGAGGCCCCAGCAGCCCAGAGGCGAUGGUUUUAUGGGCUGUGGGCUGCAUCCUUCUGGCCCUCCUCACCUGGUGGUUCUGGCAGCCCCAGGCUCCUCCCGGCAGAGCCACCGAUGGCAAGAGGCAACCACGAAGACGGGGACCCGCAGAGGAGGAGCACAAGGCUGCUGGGGUCCCUUUGGGAGAAGAGCGGGGGUCUCCUGUAGGGGGCUGCCGCCUCAUCUGCAAGCCCUCUGCCCUGGCUCAGGCCCUGGUCAAGAGCUUCUGCCGCUCUGCCCACCUGGAGACCAAGCGGUGGUCCUGGAAGCGGUGGCCAAACCUGCAGACUGCUGUGCAGCUCCUGUGGCCCCCGGAUCGCCCACUGGAGUUUUCCAGGGACCACCUCCAAAUGGCGGACGAGGGCAUCGUUGCGUUGGAUUGGGUGUCCGGACCCGUGGACGGAGGCAGGAAAGGCACUGACGCAGUGGUUCUCCUGGUGGUGCCCAAUGCCACUGGCGCGAUCAGCAGGAACGUCCAGCAGCUGUGCCGACUGGCCCUCCGGCAAGGCUACCAUCCGGUCAUCUUCAACCGGCGUGGGCACAACGGCUGCCCACUGACCACCCCCAGGCUGCAGCCCUUUGGCGACCCAGACGACCUGAAAGAGGCAGUGGCAUACAUCCGGUUCCGGCACCCCACCAGGACCCUGUUUGCCGCGAGCGAAGGGUCAGGGUCAGGCCUGCUGCUCUCUUACCUGGGCGAAUGCGGCUCGUCCAGCUACCUGUGUGGCGCUGCCUGCAUCUCGCCCAUUCUGAAGGCCCAGGACUGGUUUGAGGCUGACCUCCCUUGGCUGUAUGAAUGGAGUCUCCUCCUGCCCCAGAAGAGGAACGUCAGCAGGUACACAGAGGCCCUGGAGAAGGUGGUUGAGAUGGACAGGGUCCUUGGGAGCAGCUCCUUGCGGGCUUUUGAAGCUGCCCUCUUCUGCCCACAGCGGAGGCAGAAGAUGAGCUGGGAGACCUACUGGGCCAGCAACGAUCCCUUGCGGGAUGUGGACGAGGUGGCCGUGCCUGUCCUGUGCCUCUGCAGCGCCGAUGACCCCGUCCGGGGGGCUCCCGAGGACACGAUCCCGUGGGAGCUCUUCCAAAGCAACCCUUUCUUCUUCCUGCUUCUGAGUCCGCACGGAGGACACUGCGGAUUCCUCGGGAAAGAUCCCAAAGGCUCCUGGGGCAAUGCAGUGGUGCUGGAGUACCUGCAGACCUUGGCGGAGUUUCUCCGAGGGGAAGAGAGGGUGAAGGACAAGCCCCGCCGAAGGACCGCCACUGCCCAGCAUCGCUGCGGCCGGCGGCGCGGCCCUCUGCGGAACAGGGGGGCCGCCCUGCCUGGCCUCGACCUUUUCAGCUGGCAAAGGUCGUACACACGGUGACAGAGCAACAGGCUGCGCAUGACUCCUGGAGCAACCAGGAAUCCUCAAGGGCAAAUGAGCUGGGUAUUUUAAGGGAUGCAAGGGUCUCUGUCCUUGCGGAAAGGGAGCGACAGAAUAUUUGGCCCCCAUCGUUCUUGCCUGUGGUGCCCAUAAUGGCAGCUGAAUUUCACUGCAAUUCUUUCCCCCCGCAUCAAAUUUUUUUAUUGAUUUUCACAGAAUUAUAAACACACUAACAAACUAACAAACAUAAAUCAUAACCUUAUUAAAGCUAAUCUUGUUAACAUUGUUCAGUGAUUUCCUUGUAUCCCCCUAGUUGAAUUUCAAAUGCCUAUCAUUUUAACGGUUCUCCAAAUCAAAAUUCUUAUAAACUUAAUCACUUAACAUCAUUUUAUCUUCCCAAUUCAGCAUCAAACAUGAUAAUUCAUCACAUUACUUCUUUAAAUCCCAAGCCUAACUGGUAAUUGCAAGCUUUUCCAAUUAAUUUAACGUAUUUAACUAAAUAAUCAUUAAAUUUCGUCCAUUCUUCCUUUCUCUGCAGUUCUUGCAUUGAACAAGGUGGGGCUAGGUGACCCUCUGACUCCCUUUCCAACGCUGCCAUUCUUUGAAUUAAAUGGGCAGCUCCUGUCAUCUCAAAACCUCCAGGCUUCUGAAUGGGAUCCAACCUACCUUGUUGCAGAUUCGAACAAAUUAUUAGCGGCGGCUGUGAUUAGGUUUCCCCCUCUGGCUGCUUAACAUGGAAGGAAACCUUCCCCUGAGUAAAGCUGUCAUGUCCAGCUACGAUUCUUGUACAUUGCUUUUUUAAAUCUGGUUCCUGGUUUUUAAAACUCUUCACUCCCACAUUUUAAGGUAUCCUGCUGUAUAUCUUAGCUAAGGUAUUCCUUGUGCAGUGUUUUACAUCAUUUCUGUCUUACGACCCGCUUGUACGUUAGGAUACUUGGCUGCCAGUGUGCUUGAUCUUGUUUUGCUCGGGUCCAGGACGGCAUCAUAAUAAAGAAUCUGUUAUCUGUC